AUGAAGUGCACGGUGCAGCGCGUGGUGGGGAUUCUCCUGAUGUUGGGCGUUCUGGCCGAAUGCAUCAGCGAUGAGGAGACGGCGGUAAGGAAAUUACCUUUAUUGGGGCCCAUCCUUGAAAGCAAACAGGGAAGACGGGCUUCUGUUUUCGACUUCACACUCAAAAGAUUCGCUAAUUGUAAAUAGUGGCAGUUCCUUUGGCAGGAAAACAAGGGUUUUUGGAAGGAAAAGAGCGCAAAAUUUCCUGCAAAAGUUUUGAACUUGAAGAGUGCAUACAGACUCGGAAAUGAUUUAGUUAUUUUCCAGACAGUUUUUACACAAUAACAUGCAAAUUAAGGUACAAAAAAUGCAAGAAAUUAGAUUUGAAUUACAGACGGUCCUAAUCAGGCCAUUGCGAGGAAAGAGGUAAUUCAGCGUUCCCAAAAACAAAUCCGAGAUUUGGAGUGCGCGCUUUGCAGAAACGACCGAGACUUUUGGUUUGAAAGCUGAUGGAAAUUUGUCACUUUUCUGAAAAUUUUUCUAUAAAAAUGCGCAACAUGUUACAGUGAGGGCAUUUUUGAUACUUCCCGGAUGCAAAAUGAUACGUUUUUUGCACUGGAUCAGGUCCCCCACUGUAGGUUUGAUUUUUCAUAAAUUUAUAGGUCUUUUUGUAACAUUCCGAUUUCAAAAGCGCGCCCGAUCUUUUUGUGAGGGAGAGGCCUUCAAAACGGAGUUUUUUCACUUGGAGAGGGAGGUAUUUUGCCACAUUUUUGUAGCUUUCCGGAUACAAAAUGAUACGUUUUUGGCCAUUGGAUCAGGUCCGCUACUGUACAUCCUAUUGUCAGAAGAUAAUUUUUCUUUUUCCACAAAAAGAAUCAACUUUUUCUACGGGCAAUUGGCAGAAACAUGGGCAAAAAGGCGCUUUCUUCCCUCACGGCUCUCCGCAUUUUUUUAGUCGUCGAAUAUCCCAGCUGCUGCCGCAAAAAGGGAGCUAAAACUUUCUGGAAUUGGUGUGUGGACCUAGGCAAACUGAGUCGCAUCAAUUCCAGAAAAAGUAUGCAAAUUUUAAAGCAGCUCUGUGGGUCGUACUUGCGCCACUUCCUUGACAAAAUUCAAUUUAUUUUGAUACAUUUUACUGUCCAAAAAUUCAAUUCCCCUCAUUUCCAGAAGCGAGAGAACAUCCUGAAGGCCCUGUACCGGCUGAACGACCAGAACAGUUAUCGGUUAUACCGCGCCAGUCGCUCCAACGGAAAGCCCACGUUUAUUCGGUUCGGCAAGCGGUCGCCGCCGGCGUACGAUGGCUACGAGCACGCCGACUUUAACACUCAAUAA